AUGUUAAAGAAGUUAUAGAUAUUGAAGAUGCUUAUAAUUGUUAAUUUUCUAACAGCCACAAUUUAAAUUUGUUUGAAACAAUAGGAUGAGUUGUUAUCAAUCAUCAGAGGAAAAUAUAAGAAUGUCUUAUAAUUAAAUAGAGGAGCAAUCAUAUCAUCAAGAAAAUAAAAUGUUUUUUUAGGUGGAAAUUACGGAAGCUGUCUAAACGAUGCAAUUUACUAAUUAUCAUAUUAUACGUGGAGCUUGCAAGGACAAUCAAUUACUUUUCAGCUUCCUCAAAGUUAUGAAUUAAAUACUUUAAAAAUUUGGUUUUGGGCAUCUUUUACCGAAUCAAAAUAUACAUAUAAAAUGAGAAUCAAGAAAAAUUGA